AUGGAUCCUCAAAGCCAGACCACUUCACUACAAAGACUUCAGAAUGUCGAGAAGAGAAUAGUGAGGGUUUUGGAGCUAGCCGGCGGCGUAAUGGAGGAAAUGGCCAAUCCAAGCGGCCCCAGAAAGGAGAUCGUUAACAGCAACUGCACUGAGUUCAUGCAAUUAGUCAAGGAUAUUCAGAUGACGCUGAGAGAGGAAAUUAAAAGCGCUUGCGAGUACCGUCCGUUCGAGAAGUGUGACUAUGUUCCGAGGAUAUCGAGCGAGAUUUGUUGUAAGAAGUUGGAGUAUGUCAUCUCCCAGCUUGAUGAGAUGAAGCAAACAAUUGAGGAGUAUGGUGAUGGAGCUUGA